AUUGACGAGCAACCGGUCCUUCGUACGUACCCGCGCAGGCAACCAGCUAGUAACUAUUAAAACGGCUUCCUGUAGCCACAACGGUGCGUUUAGGAUACAGAAGAAGAACAAAUCAAAAACUCUAUUAACCCCCCAAAAAGGAAAAAAGGAAUAGCCAUUUAUCAGGUAGAUCUAGAUCUCAUUUAUUAGCUUUCUCCUUCAUUCUAUUCUGCAAUUUUCCCCUAUACCGCACUCUUAUGAAAUCCAAUAUUUACGGUUCCCACCGGUCUCGAAUCUAAACGACAGCGUUAACGCCCAAACACGAAUCGAAACAUUCUUAAUUUAGGGUUUUCAAAUCUCUCUCUCUUGACUUAUAUAUUUCUCCCUAUAUUUCUAUAACCAAACAAAUCAUUAUAUUUAUAUAUUCAAUUCUUUUAAUCGGAUAGAAUGUCGGUUGUGGCGCCGGGGAAAUCGUCGUAUAGGGAUCGGACGCAAGAGUUUUUGAGCGUAGUGGAGAGGCUAAAAAAGUCGUUUUCAUCGGCGAACAAUGCAGCGGCAUCGAGUACUAGUAGUAGUAGUAGCAUCUCGAAGCCCGAUGCCACGCGAUCUGCGGUGGCGAUUCAAUCGGAGUUUAAUAAACGAGCGUCUAAGAUUGGAUUUGGUAUCCACCAGACUUCUCAAAAGCUGUCAAAGCUGGCUAAAUUGGCGAAGAGAUCGUCAGUGUUUGAUGAUCCAACUAUGGAGAUCCAAGAGCUUACAGCAGUUAUAAAGCAAGAUAUCACUGCACUCAAUGCAGCUGUAGUAGACCUCCAACUUCUUUGCAAUUCCCAGAAUGAAAGUGGAAACAUCUCAAGUGACACCACUACUCAUUCUACCACUGUUGUUGAUAAUCUGAAGAACCGCCUGAUGAGCGCCACAAAGGAGUUUAAAGAAGUCCUUACAAUGCGCACGGAGAAUCUAAAAGUUCACGAAAACAGAAGGCAAUUGUUUUCUUCAACUGCUUCAAAAGACUCUACAAAUCCCUUUGUCCGACAGCGUCCACUAGCUUCCAGAUCUACUGCUAAUGCAUCACCAGCUCCUCCUCCUCCAUGGGCCAAUGGUUCUGCAUCUUCAUCUCAGUUAUUUCCAAGCAAGCAGACAGAUGGUGAGUCACAGCCGCUUUUGCAGCAGCAGCGUCAACAGCAACAGCAGAUGGUUCCACUGCAAGACAGUUACAUGCAGAGUAGAGCUGAGGCUCUGCACAAUGUUGAGUCCACCAUUCAUGAGCUGAGCAAUAUCUUUACACAACUAGCGACCAUGGUUUCUCAGCAAGGAGAGCUUGCAAUCAGGAUUGAUGAGAACAUGGACGACACACUAUCAAAUGUAGAAGGGGCACAGAACCAACUGGUCAGGUAUCUUAACAGUAUUUCAUCCAACCGAUGGUUGAUGAUCAAGAUAUUCUUCGUAUUGAUUGUAUUUCUCAUGAUUUUCUUGUUUUUUGUGGCUUAAAAUAUACUAGAAAUGGAAAAUAAGGACCAUAUAGAGUUUCUUCUUUUGUCUCUCCUUUGAUGGAUUCCUUCUUCCCCCGUAAUUGAGAAUGUAAAGAAUGUCUUGUACUUGAUGUUGAAAGAUAGGGUAAAGGGACCUGCAGAAUUUUUGGCGGAUCUUUGUUAAUUUAUUGAAGGAAUCAUCCCUGUAUGUAUGUCUGCGAGAAGGAUUACUAUUCUGCAGCAAAACUGCACAUAUUUUCUGAUUCCUGUAUGUGCAUGGAUCCAAAUUGGCCUUGUUUUAUAUUUAUAGAAUUUAGCAAAUAAAGUCGUGUCAUUCUAUGUA